GCGGCCAGAGGGAUAUCCUGGACUCCAACAGCUUAUAUGCUAUUUCAUUAGGGAAAAUAAAAAAAUCAUUGCAACUUGAAAAUGAGUUUGAGUGUUUAAUCGACUAUAUAAAAGUGACACAAAUGACAGUAUCUUUCUGUAGGAUUAAUGACGAUCCUAUUCUGACAGUUCAAACAAGGUGUUCAGAAAAAACAGCAUUAAGAGUGGUAAUGGGAAAUUUCCGUCCUUUUGAUGGGCAGCAGGCCCGGUUUCAAGUGCCAAACAAUGUCUGGGAAACAUGGUAACGAUCAUGGCAUACAAUUAUUGAGUAUCCAUUUAACUUCAAUGCCUGCUGAAAUGCUUUUUCAUGAUUCUCCUGGAAUUACAACACAGAACGGUGUAUUUUACAUCCGAAAGUUGUGUAAUGUGAGUGUCCCCUCAGUUUUCUUGUAGUAUGCUGAAAAUAUUUGCAGGAGUUGUGUCAGAAAUGGCACCUCAGACACCAGGAAAUUCAAUUUCAUAUGGUUUUCGUUCUGGUUUGCAUGUCUUUAAUUUCCACUUCACAGCCUCAGUCCUCACCCCACGGACGCUCCAGGGAGAAGAGCGCUGUUGGGCACAACCCAUGCCACAGGCAGGCAGCUCCUCACAGCUCGGAAGGGACGGUGUGUAGCAAGAAUGCUGCCAACACUCACACACAACACCCUUUCUCGAUAUCCGACAGUUCUGGGGAUUUAGUACAACUUCUGCUACUAUCUACAGUAUAAGGAUAUAAGGAAAAAUGUUUUCAUACGUUAGUGCCGCUAUGGGCUGGUAAGAGCUCAUCAUCGCCCUGCUCAGGGUCACAGCGUAGGCACGGCCACUGCGGGUGUGCCAGCACUGGGGCCGCUCCAGGCCCGCGUUCGUGCAGGUGCUGCGGGCUGGAGGGAACCAGGGGACUUGCUCGUCCUUUGCACCGCUUCCCUUUCCCUCUCUCGCUGGCCCUUCUCGUUCCCGGUGCGUUCUCAGUCAGCAAGGCCCGGCCCGGCCCGGCCCGGCCGCGCUCCCCAGCGCGCACGCUCCUGCUGCCGGCCCGGUUGCCGUGGCUACCGCAACGCCGCCGGGGCGAGCAGCGCCCGCCCGGAGCGCCGCGGGCCCGGGAGGAGCCGCCGGCCCGGGAGAAAGGUUAAAAGCAUGCAAUCGAUGCUUUAAGAAAUGGAAGAUGCAUCAGGUGACGUUGAAGUUGUUGCAUCAGAUGGGCCAGAUGCAGAGCAGUCACCUGCAUCCUUGCAAGGAGAGGCUGGGGACCCAGCAGAGGAACCUCUGCUUCCAGAAUCUGCACACACUGCACAGUCAGAGGAGGGUUGGAACCAGCAGUCUGCUUCUCAAAAUUCAAUACUACCAAAGAAUACAGCAAAUGGGACAGAGACAGCAAGCGUGACUGAGGAUAAUGAAACACUUAGGGACACUGGGCUUAAUUUGGAUGAAACUGUCCAGUCUGAGAAUCAGGAAUGUUUUCCUGGAGAAGUCAUUCAAUUGGAUUACCACAUGCCUGAUGUCAUAACUGUCAGGGUACAAACAGGUUCGGAUUCAUUUCAAGACAUAGAUGUAAAAAUUGAAAGAUCCACCUAUAAUAAACCUUUUCUGGGUGGAUUUAGGGACGUGUCAACAGGUGUGGAAUUUCAUAAUGCAGGAUCACAAACAAAACCCAGAAAACCACCUGACAAAGGAAUUCAGUUAUUUUGUAAGGAAACACAGACAGUUGUGGAAAAAAAUAAUCAACAACAAACAAGAAAUACAACAUCAACACAGAUGACUAAAAUUGGCCUUUAUGUAUCAAACAUGACUGACAAACUAAUAACUCCUGGAAAGUAUUUUACAGCGGAGGAGUACCAUAAACGUAGACGUGAAGCAGUAAUAGUAUUACAGAAAUAUUUCCGUCGUUGGCAUGCUAUAAAUUUAGUACAAAAUCUGAAGGAGCAAAAGAGGGUAAGGCUGGCAUUGGAGGCACAAGACGAAUUACGGAAAAAAAGGGAAAAAGAAGAUAAAUUGAGGAGGGAGUUUGAGAAAAAAAUGAACCCUAAAACAAAAGAAGACUUUGAGCUACUGUUCCAUGAGUUGGAAUUAUGGAUGCAGGAGGAGACUGAGCGAAUCAACAGAACUCUUACUGGAGCGGAAAGAAAGGCAGCACUUUGUGCACUUCUGGAAGAGGAGACACAGCUCAUUGCUUGGAUUGGGAUGCACAAACUAGAUGCCAAUGUGGAGAAUCAACAAAAAGCAAUAUUGCAACUUCUGGGUAAGUGUGCACAACCUAGGAGGUGGAAAGCAUUUGAUGGAAAAAUCACUGAAAUGGAUACACAGAUCAGUCUCCGCGGCAAGGAACUACUUGAAAUCUACCGCAGCAUUAGCACAAAGGACAUCCCAAAAGAUGAGAGAACAUCUGUGCUGUUAACACUCAAAUGUACAGUGAAGGAACAUGAAUGCAAAUUAACACAGGAAAUAGUGGCAUUAAUUGACAGGGAAGUUGAUCUUAUGUCAAGAGAUGUGAAAGAAUGCAAUUUGGAAGGACUGAGGAAAAGAAUUUGUACAUUAUUUCUUCAGUAUAUCAAAAUUCCAGAGUUUAACCCUGGAGUUACUGGGUUACUUAAGGUUCCACAAGACCCCUUAAAGCUUUAUAAAAACAUUUACUUCUGUCAUAGCUGUGAAAAGUACUUAGCACCUACUGAGUUUUUCAUUCCUGGAAAUUCCCGCACCAUUGGCAGAUGUCGCUCGUGUCACCAGCUUGAUAAUGAGGCUCGCCAACGAGAAUCGUAUUUCAAGUACAGACUUAUACUAGAACAUCUCAAGAAGUCUGAAGUUGAUUAUCAGGAUGAUAGUAAAAUUGUCUUCUUAAUUCAGCUUCCAGAUCUGCAGUACCUGAUUGCGAACAUAUGGAACUGCCAGUCAGCUGUCAGUGCCUGCAGUGACCUGUAUGAUUUGGUUAUGGUCAGGUGGGAUAAGCAGCAUGAGUGGUCUCCAUGGAACACUAUUCUCCUCACUAAAGGAGAGGCAGAUGCACAUCUUAAGCUGUGUAACCUUCAGAUGACUUAUCAAGCUCCAUUUAUUUCCAGAAUAGAACAAAGGCAUAUCCGGGCAAAAAACUACUUUGCUCAAAUUCCUGCAAUAUCAUCAUUUUUGCACAGAAGUAACAAUCAAGCUAAUGCAAAUUCCUACAAAAAAUGUAGUUCUUCGAAGUUAAAGAAGUGAACUAAAUUCCUAGGUUUUAAAGAAAGACAUUUUUUCAUCAAUAUCCUACUUGUAUUACACAGAUCAAAAUAAACUUCUAAGGAUAAAAUAA